AUGGAUAGUUAAUAAGAAUCUAGACUUGUUUCAGAACAAGGAUCACCAAAAUUGAAAUUAACAGCACGCUAACGAGCAUAGAUAAUUAAAGAAUUUUUUGCUUCAAAAGGUAAAUAUCCAGUUUUUUCUAAUUAUCUUAUUGACGAAGCAAUUGGGUUGAAUUUUCUACCUUACGAUAGGAAAGAUAAAAUUUUAAGAGAUCCUAACAAAUUAUCAAUAUUUUAAUUAGAAUUGAACUUGAAUUCUCCACGCACUAAAGAGGCAUUAUAAUUAAUGGAAGUACAAGAAGAUUGGUGUCAUGUAAUGUCAUUUUUAGAUUUUUAAAGUGAUUUUGAACACCCAAUAAAAUGUUUAGUUGAUUAUAUGGAGUAUUUAUAAGGAAAAUCCAAAAAGUUGUUGCAAAUAGUUUCUUUAAGAAAUAGACUGAAAAAAAUAAAUAAAAAUAAUACAGCAAAUAAUAAUUUUAACACUAAUACUACAAUAACUUAAUAGGCAUCUUCUGUUUUUAUAACUGAUUAAAGAAAUUCGUUAAUUCUAUCUAAAUCAUUAAAUACUCGAAGCUUGGAUUUUUUAUAAUAAUCAUUUGAUGAUAAAUUAGAGUAAAUAACUAAAAGAAAUACAUAAUAUCUCAAUACUAUUAAAAAACAUCAGUAAUUAGAUGAAGAAUAGAAUUAAAAGUCAUAAUAAUAUUACUCUAAUACUAUUCCAAAUAUAGCUAGAAAAGUAGAGAAAGUUUAAGAAUUACAUCGAUAGUAAAAUUUAUAUCGAUAUUUUUAGAGAACUUAACGAAAGAAAGUAACAUUAAAAAUAAAGACAUAAAAAAACUUUAGAAAAAAUAGAAAAAUUAGAGAAAGAGGAUAAAGAACAUAGAUUAUAAUUUUAAGAAUAAAUAAAACACAAAUUUUAAUAAUCUGAACUUAUUAGAAAUCAAUUAAACUAAUCAUAUUAAUUAGAAUUAUAAGAAAAUAUGGAAAGAAAUAAAAAAAGAUAACAAGAACGUGAUGCCAAAAGAUAAAGAGCAAAAGUAUUAGAAGAAUAAGAAGUAGAAGAAAUCAUAGAAAGAAAUUUAGAAAAAGCAUAAAUGGCUGAGAAUUGUUUACAAAAAAUAAAGAAUAUUAUGAAAAUAAAAAAGAUUUAGUAGUAAAAGAAGAUUGAAAUCGCUAAUAAAAGAGUUGUUGAGAAAUAACAAGAAAUAGAUCAAUAAAGAUUAUAAUAUUUUAUAUAGAUUGCUAAUUAGAGUAGCAAAAUGGUAGAAUCCUAAAUGUAAAUUAGAGCAAAAAAGUUGAAUGAGUUAAAAUUAAAGUUUGAAAAAUAAUAAUCAAUUGUGUAGAAGAAUAAAAAGAGGAUUAUAAAUGAAUUUAAUUCUAAAAUAAAAGAAAUAAGAUCUUAAGAAGAAUGUAUCAUCAUUUUUUAAAUUAUUUUUAGAAAAACAAGUAGAUUUAUUUAAUGAAAACAAGACUUUAACUUUGUUAUCAGCUGAUAGGAUGAGAGAAACUGAUGAAAAACAGAAACUUAGAAUGUAAAGAACAACUAGAAUUAAUUAUGAGCAUGAAGUACAUAUAUUUUUAGAUAUAAAUUUAAGUAAUAAUAAGAAAAAUGGUUAUAAAAGAUUAUUAGUGAAAAAUAAAAGUUGAAGAAAAUAAAAUCAUAAUAAGAGAUGUUUAAGGAUGCAAUUAUCAAAUAACAUUUAGAACUUAGAAACACAGUUGAUAAAUUGAUGAAAUGA